AUGAAGAAACUUUUAUUAUUUAGUAUUGUCCUUGGCUGUGUAUCAGGGAUAAAACUUCACAACAUUGAGUACGAUGUCUUUGUAAAUGCUACAAAACUCUUUGAGACCCAAGAGGAGUUGAACAUAGCCAACGAGGAUCUCCGGAAUGCUUCUGCAGAAUUCAUUUCUUUAUUGUAAGUUUGUUGUGUAUGGCAUAAGGUAAUAUCAGGUUGUUCGAAUAUGGAUGAGCCAUUCAAAACGCACAAUUUUGAAAAUUUUGGAGACUCCAUCUUUGUACAACUUGAUAGUAGAACUGGGAGUGAAGAAACGAAAGGGAUGGGUGUUGAGGAAUUGACAAAAAGUUGAUUUUUUUUACUUUGUAGAGCUCUAAUAACAAGAGUAAAAUAUUUAUAUUUUAUAUAUAUAUAUACAUAUAUCUUUAAUAUUACUGUUACAGCCGCCCAAACAACCGUGUCGCGGUUUCCAAGUACAUUGAAUUGUUGAACACCUAUUCCGCGCAAGCAUUCGGCACCUUUCUACGUAACGGCCAAGAAAUUGACGUCGAAGACAUUGCUUUAGCCAUCAAUAUUAUGCUGACAACAAUUGAAAAAGACAUUGACGAUCCUUGGGUAAACAUGCUUUCGAACCUCAUGAAAAGGACGGUUCACCUUGAUUACACACACGUUGAUAAACUCGUCGAAGUUUACGGAAUUAUGCUUUUGUAAGUUUAUUUUUAUGGCUUUUUUUAGAUAUGACAGUAAUUUAUAGCAAUUCUCAGCUGUUAUUGUUGCCUGGCUAGCCGGAAAAGUGGAAGUAGAGUAACAUAAGAGGAAAAAAAAGAGCAGGGUAAGAUACGAUUAGGGAAAGAUUAGGGCAAGGGUAAGUCAAGGGUAAAUCAAGAGUAGGACAAGGUUAGGACAAGAGUAUGGUAAUAAUAAGGCAAGAGCAUAACAAAAGUAAGGCAAGAGUAAAACAAGAAUAAGGAAGGGCUGAAGCAAGGGUAAAGCAAGAAGAAGGCAAGGAUAGAGCAAGAGAAGAGCAAGAGUAGAGCAAAGAGACGACAAAGGUCAAUCAAGAGUAGCGCAAAGGUAAAAAAUAAGUGGGGUUGAAGAAAUCUAGACUUGAGAAAAAAGUAUUAGUUUGUUCAAAUAUUAUUGAGCUUCCAAACCCCGAAGAUUUGCUUUAAAAAAAGCUCCAUUUUUUUUAAACAACCUGAUAAUAUAAUGUAUGCUAAAAAGAAAGCAACGGUAAGACAGGAGGGGGGGGUGGCGUAGAAAAGUGUUUAUAUAUUGAAUACAUACUGUACUUUUUAAAUCACAACUUUUAUUUUCAGAAAAGUAACUAUGCAAAACAAACAGUUUCCACUACCAUGUAACCUCAAUGGCAAUCUCAGAGAAUUUCACGAGCUAAUGGCCGGACUGUAUUAUGUCGCUUACUCCGCUUUUGAAUCGUAAGUGAAAGUGGCCGGACCAGGCCGGCAUAUGUGCUCGAGAGCUGGGUAGAAAUAAAGACCCCAAGGGUCCAAUUUAAGUCCCGCAAUGAAGCGAAAAGUGUAAAAAAUGACUUUUAAAAAAUUUUUUAGUGUUCCUAAUCCAGAAUUCGAUCAGUAUAUUGAUAAGCGAAACUACAAGUACACCAACACCUACGACUGGUCGAUUUUCAAUGAUUGCAGAGAAGAGGACAAUUCAUUUGGCCGCAAAGUGAAACAAGCCAUCUAUGAUGCUUGA